AUGUCGCACCCAGGUGUCGGCAGGACCUUCACUCUGAAUAGUGGCGCCAGCAUACCCACUGUAGGAUUGGGAAUUUUCCUUUCUAGACCUGGAUCUGAGUGUUUCAACUCUGUAUUGAGCGGUCUUCGCUUGGGAUACAGGCAUAUCGAUACAGCGCGCUACUACAGAAAUGAGGCAGAUGUGGGCAAAGCAGUCAAGCAGAGUGGCGUGCCUCGUGAAGAUAUAUUUCUGACGUCUAAGCUCUGGUUGAGCGAUUUUGGAUACAACAAUGCUCGAAAGGCAAUUGACCAAAGCUUAAAGGCUCUGUCAACCUCAAGAGUGGACCUCAUGCUGAUGCAUGCCCCUGGCGAUCCCGACGUCCGCGAAGAGACCUGGAGAGCACUUGAGGAUGCACAUAAAGAGGGCAAGCUCACAAGCAUUGGAGUGUCCAAUUUUGGGAUUGGCCAUCUGGAGAAACUGCUGAAGACAGCCAGGGUGAAGCCAGCAGUGAACCAGAUCGAGCUGACGCCAUUCCUGCAGCGCCGCAAACUUGUGGAUUACUGCAAAGGUCAGGGCAUCACACUGGAGGCCUACUCUCCGCUGGGAAAGGGCAGCAGCGAGAUCUUGGACGACGGGACAGUCACAAAAGUAGCAGGGAAGCACGGAGUGUCAAACGCGCAGGUCUUGAUCAGAUGGAGCCUGCAGCAUGGAUUCAUACCCCUGCCAAAGUCCUCGAAGCCCGAGCGCCAGAAGAGCAACCUGGAUGUGUUUGGCUUUGAGCUUGACAGUGCUGACAUGCAACAGCUGGACAGCCUGGAUAGGAACCUUGUCACAGCUUGGGAUCCCACCACAGACCCUGUGUGA